AAAAUUCCCAUUGGAUAAAAUUUCAAUUAAAUAAAAUCGAUUUCGAACCAAUGAAAAUUCGAACCACUCAAAAUUCGUUUCAAUGUAAACCUCUCAAUAAACAUCAUCAGCUGAUACAAAUUUGAAACGCUAGCCGUAGAAAUCAUAAAAAUGCAAUGCACAGCAGAACAAAUCGAAGAGAAGCGCCGUCAAGCAAAGGAAAGACUGGCGAGAAAGCUACAAAGUCCAGCGAAACCGCCUCAGUUGCCCAAUUUACAGGUAACACCCUCGAGCACGAGCCCUCGCUUCAAAUUCAACAGAAACAAAACCGCUGGAGUCACGCCGAAAAAAUGUUUCAAGCCGUAUCAAAAACCAACAGAUCAAAAUAUUCAGAUUAACCAGAAGACUUUUUAUGGAAAAAAUAAUUCCAUGGUCACAAUUAAAUUAUCAAUGGUGUCUACUCAGAGAUUUGUGGCUGAUUUGGAUUAUUUGCAGCAAGCUAUUGAUAUUUUUAAGACAAUACCCAGCAGAAACUACUGUACAACUACAAGAAAAUGGGAUUUUUCAUUGAAAGACUAUGCUUUGUUGAUACAGAAAAUAGAGAGUUGUCUAACAAACGUAAUUUUAGAAAAAAUACCUCCUUAUGUAAUAAAGAGUAUGAAGAAAGAACCACAAAAUGUAAAUGUAGAUUGGAACAAACUGGAUCCUGAAUUAGUAGGUGCUUUAAUGCCUUUUCAAAUUGAAGGUGUAAGAUUUGGCAUUGAAAAGAAUGGCAGAUGUUUAAUAGCAGAUGAUAUGGGGUUAGGGAAGACUUAUCAGGCUUUAGCAAUAGCAAAUUAUUACCAAGAAGACUGGCCUUUAUUGAUUGUUACAACAGCUUCAAUGACGACUAGUUGGCAAGAGACAAUUCACAAAGUUUUACCAUCAAUUUCAUUAAUGUACACACAAUACAUGGUAUCAGGAAAGGACUACAUAGGUGACGCAAAAAUCCUUAUAGUCAGCCAUGACAUGAUGUCCAGAGCUAUUGAUAAACUCCUAGAGAGAAAUUUUGGUGUGUUUAUAAUUGAUGAGUCACAUGCAAUAAAAAAUCCUAAAUCUAAAUGUACCAAGGCUGCAAACAAAUUGGGCAAAAAGGCCAAAAGAGUGAUACUUUUAAGUGGUACUCCUGCAUUGUCCAGACCUUGUGAAUUGUAUUCACAAAUUGCUUUGAUCAAUGAAAAUUUCUUUGACAAUUUUUUUGAAUACAGUAAAAGAUACUGUGAUGGCAAGAAGACUCAAUUUGGCUGGGAUGCUACUGGAAAGUCGAAUUUACAAGAACUGGAAGUACUUUUACAAAAAGAGUUUAUGAUCAGAAGAACCAAAAAUGAUGUUCUGAAAACUUUACCCAAUAAAGAGCAAGAGGUUGUUGAACUUGAUGUCAAUUUGAAGCAAUUCAGUAAAGAGGACAGACAGUGUUUAAAAGCACUUGCUGCCAGGUACAACGACGCGACCCAAAAACAGGAAAAACAUAUGGCGCUCUUGCAGUUUUACAAUGAGAGUGCCAGAAUCAAAGUUCCAUCAGUGUGCUCCUAUGUUUUACAAAUGUUGGAACAAAAGAAGAAAUUUCUAAUUUUUGCCCACCACCAUGUUAUGUUAGAUGCAAUUGAAAAAAUAUUAAUAAAAAAGAAUGUCAUGCAUAUAAGAAUUGAUGGAAGCACAACACCAGAACAAAGGAAACAUUUCGUUGAUAAAUUCCAGUUGAACAGUGAAUGUAUUUGCGCUGUACUAUCCAUAACUGCCGCGAAUGCUGGCAUUACUCUAACUGCUGCGCAGUUGGUUCUCUUUGCGGAGCUUCACUGGAAUCCCACUAUUUUGAGUCAAGCAGAAAGUAGAGCUCACAGAAUUGGUCAAGAGCAUCCAGUGUUUGUGCGAUACUUAGUCGGAACAGGGACUGCCGACCAUGCAAUUUGGCAAAUGCUUCAAGAAAAGCAAAAAAUUCUAAGUGAUAUUGGACUGUGCAAAGAUUCGUUCGAAAAUAUUUCCGUAAAAAAACAAGAAGAAGCUGUUAAACCAUUGACUGAAAACUUGAAUAUAACUUCUAACUACACGCCGACAAAAAUGUUAGAUAUCACAACAUACUUUAAAACUGCCAGGAAAAGUGAUGUUAGUUUUAAUGAAAAUUUUGAUGAUAGUGCCUUGCUGGAUGAUGGAAUGGAUGAUUUAUUUUGCGAUAUUGAUAUUUAAUUUUUUUUUUAAUUGUUUGUCUUAUUACAAAAUUAUAAUUAUUUUAUUUUA